AUGGCGAAUUUAACACUUUCGCACCAUGACUACACCGUGGCAUGGGUCUGCGCGUUACCAGUGGAGAUGGCUGCGUCGGAAACCAUGCUGGAUGAAAUUCACGGUCGUCUCCCUCAGGUGUCCAGUGAUCACAAUACCUAUAUUCUGGGUAGCUUGAACGGCCAUAAUGUGGUGAUUGCUGGCUUGCCGUUCGGUAUUUAUGGGAUCACAUCGGCAACCACGGUGCUGGUACAAAUGCUGGCCACAUUCCCGUCACUACGAUUUGGCUUGAUGGUCGGUAUUGGAGGCGGAGUACCUACGAAGUUUGAUAUUCGGCUUGGUGAUGUGGUAAUCAGCAAGCCGACUGGAAACGGGAGUGUUAUUGUUGACAGCAGUGAGCCAUUUGGAGAAAGACCAAAUGCUGGGAAAGCGAACGAUCAAGCAGAGCAUUAUGAGCACGGUGAGCAUGACUGCUCAACCUGUGACCUGGCCCAGCUGUUGCUUCGUCCACCACGAGCAACAGAUGACCCUGACUUUCACUAUGGAUUAAUCGCUUCUGGGAAUCAGCUUAUGAAGGAUGCGGAGACGCGGGACCAGAUGGGCGAGGGACGAAACAUCCUCUGCUUUGAGAUGGAGGCGGCAGGUUUGAUGGAUCAACUUCCAUGCUUGGGUUAUGCGGCUUUGACCGCGGCAGCUUAUGCUAAGCAGCUGUUAUCCGUUGUUCCCUUGACUUAUAUUCAUUCGAGAACAGGACACACAAAAGAUUUCACCCCAGAAGAAAAGGCGUGCCUGCAAAGUCUGUUCAUAACUGACCCCGUUGAAGACAAGAAUGCGCCGAAGCGAAGAAAAGGAGACCGUGCCCCUGGCACAUGCGACUGGAUCAUAGAUACGGACGAACUUCAGACUUGGCUCGCAUCGCCUAGUGCGUCUACUGAAAGAGUCCUGUGGUUGUAUGGAUAUAUGGAUACCCAGGGACUGGAAAUGGACAUUCUCUUGGAUCAGUAUGAUAUAAUUGGCCAAAAAAAUGCUCUUGCGUACUUCUUCUGUGACUCCAGUUCUCCAGAACGUUGUACUGCAACUGCUAUACUACGUGGUCUCCUAUACCAACUGAUUAAGCAACGCCCCCAUUUCAUGAAGCACUUACUCCACAAGUUUGAGGAGCGUAAAGAAAAGCUGUUCGAUUCAUUUGAUGCUUUGUGGGCUGUGUUCAUUGAUAUAGGAUGCGAUAACACAUAUAACCAGCUUUACUGCAUUAUUGAUGCCUUGGACGAAUGCGACCAAAAUACGCAGAAAAUGCUGUUCACGCAAAUUACUCGCAGGCUUGGAAAUCAGAAUGAUGGCAUGAUUGGUAAAAUACAUUUCUUGAUAACCAGUCGACCGUUCCCUGAAAUUCGAGAGUACCUACAUCCAUAUAUGUCAAAAGACUUGUGUACUUAUCCCAAAGUCCAAGAUGAUCUUCAAGUAUUCAUCGACCAGAAACUCAAUCAGCUCGCAGGGAGAAAAGGCUAUUUCGAGAGAACAAAACGAGACUUAUCACGCAUACUUAAAGAAAAAGCUGAAGGAACUUUUUUAUGGGUUAGUAUUGUGUGCGAGAAAUUGGCAGGUGUUCGAUCACGGGAUGCAAUUGAGAAACUGCAGAGCUUGCCACAAGGAUUACAUUCUCUCUAUGCCAGAUUGCUAGAAACGGCGCUGGACGCAGAUAAAGAUGGCUUUAACACGAUCUUACGAAUUCUGGCCGUUGUCGGAACAUCGAGACGUCCUCUCAGCCUGCCAGAGCUGUCUAUUGCUUGCAGACUCUAUGAGGAAGAAUACAAGGAACAUCGACUGAGAUAUUUACAGGAAGACAUCGAUAUGUGCCGUCUUAUGGUUGUUAUCCAAGAUGGAAUCGUGCGCCUCUUGCAUAAGUCCGUCAGGGAUUUUCUUUUUAAUCCGAAACAUUCAUUUUCUAUCAACGCACUGCAAGUCCACGCAUCUCUAGCAAACAGGUGUGUUGGUUAUCUUUUGGAUAAUAUUGUUUUGCUUCAACGGCAACGAGACCAAGAAGAAUAUUCAUUUCUCGAGUACGCUACUGUCUAUUGGCCUGAGCAUGCCGGUUCUGCUGACAUGGAAUUCACUAUCCUACCUGAAUAUCAGCAAUUUUUUUGUCCCAGUUCAGCAGAGCGCGAGGUGUGGUUAAACACAUAUCGCAAGCACCAUCACGUUCCUCAGCACUUUUCCAUUCUACAUGUCGCAGCAAGGUUGGCCCUCCAUUAUGCAGCAGAAAACGGCAAUGAAAUUUUAGUAGUUCAGCUGCUUACUCGCACACCGAAAAAUUUGGAGGCAAAAGAUGUUUAUGGCCAACCUCCACUGCUUACUGCAGUAGAAAACUUGCAUGCUGCAACCAUUUAUCGUCUGAUUGAUGCUGGGGCCCACGUUCACACUUUCAACAACAGGCGCCAGAAUGCCUUACAUCUCAUCUGCAAAGCUCGGAAGUCUAAUGACAGCUGCAGACUGCUAGCAUAUUUCAUGGAUAAGGGAGUCUCCAUCAAUGAACCUGAUGCAUCUGCUUCAGGGAUGACCGCGCUUCACUUUUCAGCUUUGAACGGAAGCGUGGGAAUGACCGAGUUUCUGUGUCUCCAUCAUGCCAAUCCUAAUGCACAAUCUGAGACUGGUGACACACCAUUACAUUUGGCAAUUCGACGCAGGAUGCUGGGGUUGGGAUAUGAGGAUUACUGGAUAACUGGAGAGUAUGCUGUUGAAGAAUUAAGCAAUUUCAUUACCGACUGGGAAAGCGAAGAAGCCUCUGAGAUCUUUGAAGAAAUUGAUACAACUAGAGUUCGUAUUGUUAACGUGCUUUUGAGUAUGAUUUCUAUUGACGUCAACAUUGCCAACAAUCAAGGAGAUUGUGCACUGCAUGUGAUUCCAUUUGAUAAAUGGUAUGCGUCAGAGAUAUUACUACAGCUUAUCGAGAAAGGAGCCGAUAUAUCAAAAUCAAACAACAAACGUCAAACAUGUCUUCAUCUAGCAUGUGAAGCGGGAAAUUUGGACGCUGUUCGAAUAUUAUUGAGUCGAGGUUGUAGCAUUACCUUGCAAGAUAUUCAUGGAUCAACUCCCCUUCAUUGUGCCGUCAAAGGAAAUUAUCCUGAUGUUGUGCGAUUUAUUUUGGAGCAACGUCCUCAGCAGCUACUGGGAAGCUGCCAGCAGAGUGGUUUUUUCCAGACGAAACUUUUACAUCAUCAUGUAAAAUCAUAUUUUUGCUCUGUUGAAACCAUCAAUCUACUUUUACAACACGGAUUUGGACCGAACGAACUGGAUGAAAAUGGCGACUCUGUUCUCAGCCUAUAUCUCAGAUUGUUUCACAUACGUUUUCAAGUGGAAAUCUUCGACUGUUUAGUUCAGAAUGGGGCCAGCAUGACCUGGUUCAGCGAAGGGAGGGAGGGUUUGAUACACCUAGUGAUGCGCCAGUGGGAUGGUGAUAAUUUUCUUGUUCUCAAGCGUUUGUUGCAGUGUUUUGAUAUCGCAGCGAAAGACGCUAAGGGCCGCAAUGUACUGCAUCAUGGAGCAAUCCACGGUGCCUUCAACAAAGACCUCACGAACUUGCCGCAAGAGACAAACAUUUUCGAUUCACUCCAUGAGAAGGACUUUCAGGGCAAGACACCUCUUGACUAUGCAGAAGAGGAAACGCAACGCAAACGACACCCUAACUUGUUUAAAGAAAAUCGGUGGAACGAGUCAUUACACAAUCUCAAGUCUCUCCAAGAAGGUCCCAUUUGAUUGAACACCCAUAAGUGCUUCUACGAGUAUGAUCUAUCCUAGGGGAUGUACAUAUUGAUUUAGUUCCAGGCAAGCAAGUAAAU